AGCACGAUGACGGAAAACUUUGUGGAUUAUCGAUUAUAUAUCGAUUUCUCGUCGAUCAUUGGCAAUAGUCAAUGACUAAUAAACCAGUUACCUAACAAUUACCUAUUGAUUAUUCAUUGAUUUCAGUGAAGUCAUUAUUGAUGUCAUCGUUAAGUUGCGUCUGAUAAAACGUAGAUCCGUAGUGGGAAAUGAACAGUUUAAUGUGCUAUCAGUGUCCUUAAUUGAAGGGGGGAAGGCCUCAAUUUUAGAAUGAAAACUACCAACGCCGUGUUGAUUACUUCAUUAUCGGCUGCUAGUUGGUAAGGGGCGAAACUUAGACUCGAAUUUCAAAGUGAUUGAAACCGAAAAGACCAAUGAAUUUGAGGCCUUUGCAUAACGUCUUUCGUUAACAAUGGAUGAAAAACCGAGCUCGCGUUCCGAAGGAUUUCUGUCGAUCGACGCACCAUCAAGCGCAGCCAAUCAUAUUGCGAGUUUUCUAAUAGUCACCUGAGUUAUGCUUAAAAUAGCAAGAUUGCGAAUGUCUUCCUGUGUCUCGAGUUUCGAAAGUUUUGUAUCAGUUACAGCCAAGUCCUAUCGCCAAAAUCGCUCGAUCGAUGGAAGUUACUUAUUUUAAGCUGGCGAUCGCUGGGCAAAAUAUCUGUGUUCUUUGGAAGCAUACCAGCGGCUGUCAACGAUUACAGGGUUAUAUAGAAUCAUGCUCUAUUCCGAGCGAUGAGAAACGCGUACGCACAUUGCGUUAGGUUUACGUAUAUUAAUUGAGGUUUACUUGGGUUCUUGUAGCAUUUUAAAACCAGAUUCCAAACCUGGCACAAUGUUGAUGGGAAAAGUUUGGUCUUUCAUUGGUUUGGCAGUCUUAGUGGCUAUCGUAGCACCCUCGAGUUACGCUUCAAGAUCAGAAACCAACAGACAGAAUGGCUUCCGCUGGGGAUCCAAGACGCUGUUGCCACAUCAGCCGCCGCCAUUUUUCGCAGGGAACAGACGCCCUGAGGGCCUCCCCGGCAUCAGUCGAGGCAAAGAAAUACAGCAGACACUUCCUACGGACACAAAUGGUACUGAUCCUUACUUUGUGUCACUGUUUGAUCCGGAGAGGAAUAUCCCAUUCUAUUCAGCAUACAAGGUGACUCCGCGACAGGCCCAGCUGAUCGGAACAUACUCCAGAAAAGAUGUGAAAAAAAGGUGGAGAAAUCCUCCAGGUGUCCCUGGCUUGGAUGCUGCAUACAGAAAAGCCAUUAAACAAGAGCCGCUGAGCAGAGGGCACAUGGAUCCUCUAGCAAUAAAUUCUUUUGAUAAACGUUUUAUGAAAGCUACAUACACUCUUACCAAUGUCGUACCACAGUAUGUAGCAUCUAACAGCGGACCCUGGCAGAUAUUUGAGGCGAAAAUACGAAGCUACGCACAGAACGUGUGUGGAAACCGCACUCGUCAAGGAACGCUCUAUCUGCUGACAGGAACUUCAGAAUUUAGCCUCAAAAGUGAUCUCGGCAGGAAAUCGGUGCAGGAUUCCAGCAAAGAGCUAUCUUAUGCGACGAUGUUGCUGGACGAACUGACACUUGUUGUUCCUCGGGCGGUAUGGACAGCGGGCUGCUGUGUGUGGAAAGAAACCAGCCAGGAAUUUGGAAAGGUGAGAAGGGCGGAAUCUUUUGCGGUUAUGAGUAACAAUGUCAGGGAUAAAAAGUUCCUUAACCAGACGCAAAUGAGUGUAGUCAAGUUAGAGCGGCACCUCACAGCACCAGGCUCAUCAUCAGUGAACUUGUUUCCAGGAGAUCGCAACUGCCGACUUCCUCAGAAUAACGUGGAACUGCCAUAAUAAUAUGUCAAGGAUCUCUGAACUUACUUAGUCGUGUAAAAUGCUAGUUAUACAAUGCUCUCUCGUGGUAAACAUAGAGGAUAUUACACGGUGGCGAGAAGAUAUGAAUUUUAUGCAGUUCGAGUAGCAAGAAAAAUACAUGCAUCUCACGAGUGAGCGCAGCCAACGAGUGAGUUAUUGUUCUUGUCACAAGAACAUGAAAUUCAUAUCUUCGAGCUAACGUGUAAUGUUCUUUUUACUAUAUAGACAUACCGAUGACGGCGUUUUUGACGA